GUUCAAAAGUAAUUUUUUGUACGUUCGUUGUCAUCUUAACUCGACGCGACGUUAAAGUUUGUCAGAGUUUUGAGAAUCUAGUUUCUGGGAUUAUUUUGUACUACAUUGUUUUAUUAACAAGGUUAAAAUAAGAUAGUAUUUGACAGAAUUCGUUUAUAGAAAAUGAAUAAAAACGAUAAGUUGAAAGUAAAAUACUUCGUUCAAUCCGAAAAACAUUCAAAUGAUACUUCCUACGGGUUAUGCACCCUAAUGGAACAUCAAAGUUUGGUAGAUAUAACUAUAUGUUGUGGUAAUCACGUUUUACACGCUCAUAAAGUGGUUUUAGCUGCCGGGAGCCCUCUUUUUAGGACAGAAUUAGAGCUGAACCCGUUUAUAGAACAAGUAAUGAUAUCUGGUUGUGAAUUCACAGUCAUAAGAUCACUUAUUGAAUUUAUUUACUGUGGAGAAACUUUUGUGAAUGAAGAACUAUUCAAAUAUUUUGUUGCUGCUGCUAAAUUGUUUCAAAUGCCACUUUUCGAAAACUUGUCUAUGAAUUAUCAAUUCUCAGAUAACUUCAUCGUCCUACCGAAACCAGAGUUCAUUUCGAAGAAACCAAAAUAUUCCACAUAUCCCUUCAACACCAAUAGCCCUCCUAAUAAUUCAAUCUUAAAACCGGGAACCUUCAACAUUCUCAAACCACAAAAAGUGAAAUCGAAACGAAUCGAAGUCGAGCAACAAGCGUGCCUGAAGGAAGCCCUCGCCAGUAGGUUGGCAAUAGCUAACCUCAAAAAAGAAAUAGGAGCCGCACCGCAACCGCCAACUUUUAUCAUCGAAGACAGUUGCACAGAAACUACCGUAGAAAAUUUUAUACCGACUGCCGAUACUCAAGAAUACAUCGAACUGAAUAUGAACGGACAAAUCGUUUUACCGGAAAAUAGAAAUUUCACAGUCGAACCUUCAACUAAAUCGAAUGUAAUUCAGUUGAUGUUGCAAAAUGGCGAACAGAAUUGGACGUCCGAUAAGAUUAAGACAAUUAUAGAAAAUCAGGAUAAUUCGAAUGUUGAGGUUAUGUUUAGGACAAACGAUGGCACUUUUGUAACAGUUACCGACGAAAUGUUACAAAAUUUUCAAAAAGAUGGAUUACAAUACCAAGUAAUAGACGAAGAUGGUAAAAUAGGUGAGAUGCAGGAACUUAGACUCCUUAAUAAAGAUCAAUCCGAACGAACCGAUAAAAUUGAAAUAGAUAGUUUAUGUAACAUGGACGUACUUUCGUCUUCGAAAGGUAUCCUCUUUCAAAGAAACAACGACUUGGAAUGUUUACAAACAGUACACGCUGCAUUGAUGAAACCCGAAAUCGGAAUACCAUCUGAAAUUAAACCAAAAAUACCGCAAAAACCUUUCGACGGUACUAGUUUCAUACAGCAACCGACGAAAACGAAAAAUGAACCGGAAAAAUUGUCACAUACCAAAUUUUCUCCGGAUAUAUUUUUCGCCGAAUCCGUCGAAGAUGCUGGAGUUAAUGAUAAAAAUCCCGUUUCGUAGUUUUCUCCAUUUGUAAUUGUUAAUGUAGAUAUAUUUAUAAAUUUUUCAUAAUAUUUAUAUUAUAAAAUUACUCUAUGAAAGUGUUGAUUUGUUGAUUCAUGUAUUAAAUUAUUAUUUAGUCAAAA